CCGUCAGCUCCAGCAGAACCACCCGUGAGUUAGGUCGAGCCGAGCCAAAGCCCCCGGUGCUUUGUCGCGGGUUCGCUCGCUUGCUGUCUCGAUCACUCCCUCCCUUCUACCCUCCCUUCCUCCCGGCGGGCGGCCGCGGCGACGCUGGAGAAGCGGCGAAGAGGAGUGGCCCAGCGCUGGAAGAAUGCUGCUCUGCCGAGGGGACCGAACCCGACCCAGUCUCCCCACGGUUUAAACCGCACUAGCAGCCGAGCCCAAGUGACCCAACCGGGAGUGUUGUGGAUCCUGCACCUGAACCGCUGGAGGCGCUGACUGAUUCGCCCACCGGAGCCUCCGGGCUUCGACAUGCUGGAGGAGCCCGGGUCUCGGCCUCCGCCCUUGGGCCUCGCGGGUCUCCUGUUCUUUGCUUUGUUCACUCGGGCUCUGAGCAAUGAGAUCCUGGGCCUGAAACUUCCCGGGGAGCCGCCGCUGACGGCCAACACCGUGUGCUUGACCCUGUCGGGCUUGAGUAAGCGGCAACUGGGCCUGUGCCUACGCAGCCCCGACGUGACGGCGUCCGCGCUGCAAGGGCUGCACAUCGCGGUUCACGAGUGUCAGCACCAGCUGCGCGACCAGCGUUGGAACUGCUCGGCCCUGGAGGGCGGCGGCCGGCUGCCGCACCACAGCGCCAUCCUCAAGCGCGGUUUCCGAGAGAGUGCUUUCUCAUUCUCCAUGCUGGCUGCUGGAGUCAUGCAUGCUGUUGCUACAGCCUGUAGCUUGGGGAAGCUGGUGAGCUGUGGCUGCGGCUGGAAGGGCAGUGGUGAACAGGACCGGCUCAGGGCCAAGUUGCUGCAGCUUCAGGCACUGUCUCGGGGCAAGAGUUUUCCACACUCACAGCCCAGCCCAGGCUCCAGCCCUGGCCCCCAGGACACGUGGGAAUGGGGUGGCUGUAACCACGACAUGGACUUUGGAGAGAAGUUCUCUCGGGAUUUCUUGGAUUCCAGAGAAGCUCCCAGGGAUAUCCAGGCAAGAAUGAGAAUCCAUAACAACAGGGUGGGGCGCCAGGUGGUAACUGAAAACCUGAAGCGGAAAUGCAAGUGCCAUGGCACGUCUGGCAGCUGCCAGUUCAAGACUUGUUGGAGGGCAGCCCCAGAGUUUCGGGCCAUCGGGGCAGCAUUGAGGGAGCGGUUGGGCAGAGCCAUCUUCAUCGAUACACACAACCGCAAUUCUGGAGCCUUCCAGCCCCGCCUACGUCCCCGUCGCCUCUCAGGAGAGCUGGUCUACUUCGAGAAGUCUCCUGAUUUCUGUGAGCGAGACCCUACGGUGGGCUCACCGGGCACAAGAGGCCGGGCUUGCAACAAGACCAGCCGCCUGCUGGAUGGCUGUGGCAGCCUGUGCUGUGGCCGUGGGCACAAUGUGCUCCGACAGACACGAGUGGAGCGCUGCCACUGCCGUUUCCACUGGUGCUGCUACGUGCUGUGUGACGAAUGCAAAGUCACAGAAUGGGUCAAUGUGUGUAAGUGAAGGUGAGCCUCACCUUGGGACUAGGGAAGAACACUGUGUGAUGGGUGCUCCUUUUCAGCCCUUGGCUCUGAUUUCUGCCCAGGGUUAAUCAUGGCCCCUGGAAGCUCAAACUAUCUUCCUGGAAACAGCUUUGGGGGGAGUAGGGUCAGGUGAAAUCUGUGAUGAGCAGCCUUUUGUGAGGAAAGUAGUCAUCAUAUUCUGUUCUUAAACACCCAAAUGGACUAGGAUUGAAUGCACUGUAUUGUUCCCCUCGUCUCAACCCCCGGGGUCCCCGGCCCAGAUUUAUACUUCUUUAGAUAGGGAGGCCAUCAUUUUGCCACCGUCUUCCUUGAAAGAUGCCACCAGGCAUUGUGUAGAGUUACUAAGAUCUGUAUGUAGAAAGAGACCAUCUCUUCUUCCAUGACAACCCAGAACGUCUUCCUGUGGGGCCAUGGGUGACAAUAAAGAGAGGUUUUCAGUUGGAAAGGACAGAGCUCAGUGGGGACUGUCACUGGAGUCCUCAGACAGCUGUCUUGUCAGCUCUUAGGGAAUUGUUCUUCUUUCAUUCUGUUGUUGAAAGGGUCCUUCCAAUGGAAAGGUUUUAGCUAUGACCCCUGGAGGCUCUUCUCUCUUCUUCAGCAGGAAGGGUGGGAAUGGAUAAUUUAUUGUACUGAGACAUGGUCUUGGUUCCUGUUUGAAACCAAAAUAAAUUAACUUACUGGACUGGUUGCUGGUGGAUGCAGAUGGUGAUAUGUCUAGCCACCCUUGAGGUAGCAACCUGUGGUUUGGUUUUGGUUUUUGUUUUUUCCUAUGUGAAACCAACACUCCUGUACUCUGUGACUUUUUAUGUAUAUCCUGCUGACUUCCACAAAGGGCUUGAAAUGAUGCUCAGUGACUGAGUUCAGAAGUUUAGUCUGUAAGACCAGGAUGGGCUUCUGGGUGGGAGGAUGCAUAGAUCCAAAUGUUCAUAGGCCCUGCUCACCCAGAGUUCUCAACUCUGGGUAUCACCUUCAUCAUUACUUAGAAAAAAGGCUGGCAACUUUUUCCCCCUGAAAAGGGCUAGUUGGUAAAUAUACGAGGCUAUUUAUAUUGUGGUCUUUAUGUCAUCUACUCAUCUCUACCAUAAUUACUCAAUUCUGCUGUUAUAGACCCAAAAUAGUUAUGGGCAGGGGAUGGACAAAAGCAGACACAGACCACACGUAAUUGGAUGGGUAUAGCUGUGUUCAACCCAGUCACAAAAGUGGUAUGCAGGAGAAAGACUACUCCUUUGACUGUCGCUUGUUGAUCCCUCUCCUAUAAAAGGCCACAUCUGCUCUGGGAGUUUCAAGUUCUUAAAUGCCACUUAACAAUGAGUGUGUACAGCCGGGGUUGGUGGCGCACACCUUUAAUCCCAGCACUCGGGAGGCAGAGGCAGGCGGAUCUCUGUGAGUUUGAGGCCAGCCUGGUCUACAGAGUGAGUUCCAGGACAGCCUCCAAAGCCACAGAGAAACCCUGUCUCGAAAAAAAAAAACAAAAAACAAACAAACAAAAACAAUGAGUGUGUAUUUGGAAGAGUACGCACCGUUGUCUCUAAGUCCAAUCCAGAGAAUCUGGGGGUACAUGCAAGACUGAUGGGAAAACAGGAAAGGGAUUCCUUUCUCAGAUGCAAACUAUUUAUGUAGGCAGUCUUCAUUCUCCUGAGUUCUGGGAUUCCAGGUGGGCGCUGUCAGACCCAACUAAAAUGAGAUUUUCCUAGUAAAAAUAACAUUCUCUGCCAUUGAAUUGUUUGCAUAUAUAUUUUGUUCUUUAUUCAUUGUUCUUUUGUAUUUAAUCCAAGUAAAAUAAUUCCUCCAUCUUUUA